GUUAAAUCAAUAGCUCACAGAACAUUUAGUUUCGGCUUGGCAUUGGCAGCAAAACAACAGGCAUUCAAAAUUUAGAAAAAUUUUAUAGCAAAUUUUGUGGAUUGGCAGCCAAAUUUUAGGAAAUGGCGAAGAAGGCGGCCCAACAACAACUACAGGCGGACCUCCAGACUGACGAGGACUUGGAGCGCUUCAUGGAUCGCCCAGGACUCCUGGUUUUGGAUGUGUACUCGGAGUGGUGCGGCCCUUGCGUGGGAAUGGUGGGCAGCUUGCGCAAGAUCAAGCUGGAGAUCGGGGGCGACAACCUGCACCUGGCCAUUUGCAAAUCGGACACCAUCACGUCGCUCAAACGGUUCAAUAAGAGGAGUGAGCCCAUCUGGCUGUUUGUGUCCGGCGGCAGGGCCGUGAACAUCAUAUUCGGCACGGAUGUGCCCAAGUUGGUGGCCAUGCUGGCCAGGGAACUGGAGAAAACGCUGCAGAAGACGCCGCGGCCCAUCACCUUCAGGAUCGACGAGCUGCAGCCCAUUGAGGUGGAGCAGCAGCGGGUCAAGAUGGAGGCCAUCGAGCGGGCCGAGAGGGCUGAGCGCGAGGUGAGGCACAAGAAGCAGAUCGACUACCUUACCCAGGUGACGGACGCCAUCAUGGAGAACAUGCCGGACAUCGGAGUCACGGUGUUCGGACCGCAGGUCAACCGGGACAUGUUCAAGAAGCUCACCGAGCCCGCCGAGCCGCUGAAGAUGCAGUGCAAGGACCGGCGGGUCAUCCAGGUGAGCAGCGACCAGUUCGAGGUGGUGAACUUCGGGUGCAAGAACCCCCUGCCGCCGGACGUGAUCGAGCAGCUGGACGGGAAGGAGCUGCUGAUGUGCUUCUGGAAGAUCGACGAGAGCAUCGGCACCGUGCCGAACGUCCUGAUGGCCUACGCCCACGAGCUCACCAAGGAGCGAGUGGCGCCGCCGAACGACGAGAUCCCCGAGGAGCACGUCAUCCCGCCCAUCAUCGCCACCAUGAAGCUCAAGAUCGAGAUCGAGCUGAAGGAGGGCGAGGUGUGGGUCGAGGAGCUCAGCUCCGAGGAGGACCUGCGGCUGGCCCAGGCCCAGGCCAAGUCGGGCAAGGGCAAGGCCAAGGGCAAGUCGGUCAUCCACGAGGAGGUCCAUGCCGCCGAGGAGGAGGCGGCCGAGCUGGACGCCGAGGAGGAGGCCAGCGAAGAGGAGGCCAUCGAGGCUCCUGCCGGCGCCGACGUCAUGGUCGGCGGGCUCCCCUCCAUGCCCGGCUUCGACAUGGAGCUGGAUGCCCUCGACGACAUGGCCGAGGACGAGGAGGAGGCCCAGGAAGUCAAGGAGGAGGAGCCCCCAAAGCCACUGACCCGAACGAAGACGGUGAAGAUGCCUCCCAUAUGGGUGCCCAACAACCGGCGCACCCAUGCCGCCCUCAUCUACGUGUUCUUCCGUGGCCAGACGUCCGGAUUCCUGCCUCCGGACCCCAAGCCGGAGCCACCGCACGUCGUCAUGGCCUUCGACGCCUCCAAGCGCAAGGAGAUCUUGCUGUUGGUCGACCGCCACAAGGACGACGUUCCGCUCUACGGCUACUUCACCAGCGCCGAGCCGGACGAGGCCGAGUUGAUAGCCAACUCGACGGACAAAUACGAGGGCAGCCCGCACUCUGCGAACGACAAGAUCGUGCUCAAGGUCAACAAGGCCCAGUCCAACAUGAUGCUAUCGCUGGUCUCCUACGGCCCCAGCUACGUCAGUCCGAACGUGAACGUCGGCAAGGACGAGGCCUUGAAGUUCUUCCCGGAGGACUACAAGCCCCAGGAGGAGGUCGUUGUCGAGCCCGAAAAGAAGAAGAAACGCAGCAAGAAGGGCUCCGAAGUACGGGAGUCAGUGGAUCCGGAGGCGGCGGCAGCAGCAGCAGCUCCUGUCGAGGUCACCACCGCACCAGUGGAAGGGGAGGCGCCUGCCGCAGGGGAGGAGGUCCAAGUCCCGGCUGGCGAAGUCGUCGCCACUGGAGAAGGAGCACCUGUCGCCGAGGGCGAAGCGGUGGCCGCAGCCCCAACCGAAGGAGCUGGGGCUGGCGAGGGCACUGGUCCAGCCGCAGCUCCAGCGCCGCAAGUUGCACCACCACCGGCAACAGAGGCGCACAAGGAGGAUGCACCUGCCCCCGAGGCAAAAGCACCGGAGUCAGAGGCGGAAGCUCCUGCCGAGCCCGUGCCAGAAGCACCCGCCGAGUAGUCCGACGAUUGGAUCAUUCAACAUUAAGCUACUAAAUUAUGAAGUUAAACUAAUACUUGUGAAUACGAUACGCCCUUUCUAAAUGUUUUUGGCAGUAAUAACUGAAAGAACACU